GGAUAAUCAUCAAAUUCGUAGUCUUAAACAAACUACAACUGAAAUAUUACUAAUGUGCACACUAUCUAGAAACAUAUAAAUAAUAAUAAUUGACGGUGACUUUUACAAUCAACAUAAUUAAAUAUGCAGUGUGACAAAGAGAAAUUUUAUGCAGUUAAUCGAUAUUUAUCUUCAAGUUUUCGUCACCUUGGACGACUGAUUGGACGUCAUCCAUUGUAUUUUGUAAUAAUACCAUUUCUAUUCACUGCUCUAGCCGCUUUGGGUUUAUUUAAAUUACAAGUUAUUAAAGAUACGGAAUAUUUAUUUGUUCCGUCAAACGGAAGAACUUUGAAAGUAAGAUCAGAAAUUGAAAAGUUCUUUCCGGAAAAUGCUACAGAUUUUGAUCUUUCACGAGUGAUAGGAUAUAAGGGAGCGAAUAUGAUUAUAGCGACGUGUAAAGAUGGAGGAACAAUGAUGCGUGAAUACGUAUUUGAUGAAUUACAAAUGCUAAACGAAAAGAUUCUCGACAUAAAAAUACAAUGGCAAGGACAAAACAUAACGUAUUCCGAUAUCUGUAUGCGAUCGGAAGGAGAGUGUUAUCGAAACAAUAUAUUGUCUUUAAAAACGAAAUUUGAAGACUUCGGAAGAAAAAAGCUAAAAAUUAAGUAUCCGAUGGAAAUAAAUUCAUCGCACAUUAAUAUAGAUGCUAUCAAUUUAGGAGGGGUUUCGACUGACGAAAACAGUUUUAUAACAGAGUUUCAAGCAGUUCGUUUAUUCUAUUUCGUCGAUUACUAUAAUUCCAACAAACAGGAAAUUGCUCUUAAAUGGGAAGAAGAAUUUCUAAAAACACUUGCUGAAAAUUCCUUCGUUCACAUCCGCGUAUCAAAAAUGAGUGGAAUUAGUAUCGAUAAUGAAAUUAAUAAUGUAUUCGUAAAUAUUGUAUGGCAUACUAUUAUUAGUGGAGCAUUUAUGAUAACAUUUGCAAGUGUAACUUGUCUGACGAAGGACUGGGUGACGAGUAAACCACUGAUUGGUGUUUCCGGAUGUAUCUCAUCUUCGUUUGCUGUGGUAACUGCCUUUGGUAUUUUACUACUCUGCGGUAUGAAAUAUACCGAAGCAAAUAUGAUUGUUCCGUUUAUAGUUGUAGGUAUCGGACUGGAUGACUCAUUUGUUUUGUUAGCUGCUUGGAGAAAAACCAAUCCUAAAGAUUCAGUUGAAAAAAGGAUGAGUGUAACGUUCUCCCAGGCUACCGUAUCGAUUACCAUAACGUCUUUGACUAACGUUGUUUGUUCGUUAAUUGCGUUAACUACUCCUUUCAGAAUUCUCCACAUUACUGGAAGUUUCAUGGCUUUAAGUAUUUUCAUAGAUUACAUCUAUCAAGUUACAUUCUUCGGCGGAUUUCUUGCACUGGAUGGUUAUAGAGAAGCCAAGAAAUUGCAUGCUGUACUCUUUGUUCCUGUUAAGCUGGAUGAAAGACCAUCGGGUAUCGGACUGGAUGACUCAUUUGUUUUGUUAGCUGCUUGGAGAAAAACCAAUCCUAAAGAUUCAGUUGAAAAAAGGAUGAGUGUAACGUUCUCCCAGGCUACCGUAUCGAUUACCAUAACGUCUUUGACUAACGUUGUUUGUUCGUUAAUUGCGUUAACUACUCCUUUCAGAAUUCUCCACAUUACUGGAAGUUUCAUGGCUUUAAGUAUUUUCAUAGAUUACAUCUAUCAAGUUACAUUCUUCGGCGGAUUUCUUGCACUGGAUGGUUAUAGAGAAGCCAAGAAAUUGCAUGCUGUACUCUUUGUUCCUGUUAAGCUGGAUGAAAGACCAUCGGGCUUUCUGGGAUUUAUAAAGUAUGGCUGUUAUUCAAGUGAAGAUAACGAAAACAACACAACAAUGACUUGUUACAAAAAUCAUUUAGGAAAGAUACUAACGUUUCCAAUUGUAAAAGCAGCUAUUAUUAUUCUUUUUCUAUCGUAUUUCGCUGGAGGAAUCUAUUUCACGAAAUAUACUCGAUCAACGACAGGUAUCAAUAAAGCAUUUAGCGACAAUUCUUACAUGAUAAACUUCCUUCGUGAUGAAUAUACGUUCUAUUCGAAAUAUCGAGAUAGAGUCCAGAUAAUUGUUACCUCGUCACUGGAUUACUCCGAUCCAAACAUUCAGAAUAAUCUAGAGAAAUUAACGACAGAACUGGAGAAUUCUCCUCAUAUGGCCGGGAGUAAUUUCACGGAAUCGUGGCUGAGACUAUACUUGAAAUACAUUAAAGAUCCACAGUUUUGGAUUUCUCUCAGAGGAUACAACUUAAGUCGACCCGAAGACUUCACCGAUGCUUUACGCAAAGUAUUUCUUAAAUUCAAGUGGGCCAAACGCUUCAACAAGGACAUUGUAUUCAAUGAAGAUGGCGAUAAAAUAUUAGCUUCUAGAUUUCUCAUUCAAGCAAAAUUAGUUGAUAAUUCACUGAAAGAAAAUGAAAUUUUUAUCAAUCUGUGGAAUAUAAUAGAUAAAUAUAAUCUUUCGGUAUAUUGUUACAAUUAUCGAUAUAUUUUUUUUGAUUCUAUAUUUGUGGCAGUUCCCGCAGCAACUCAAUCAAUAGUCGUUAGUUCUUGCGUAGUGAUUUUGAUAUUUCUCAUUUUGAUACCGAAUUUCUUUUGUGCAUUUUGUAUUGCGCUCACAAUAGCUUGUAUUGAAGUAAUAACUAUAGGAUAUAUGUCUGUAUGGGAUGUUACAUUCCAUCCAAUAGUGACAGUUUUUGUAAUAGUGAUCACCGGAUUUUGUACGGAUUACGCAGCUCAUAUAUCGUACGCGUAUGCGAAGAGUAAAGGAAAGAAUCCGCAUGAAAAACUACAAGAUUGUUUAGAUACUGUUGGUCACGCGGUUGUGCAAGGUUGUCUUUCAUCACUUUUCGGCGUUGCUCCAUUAAUAUUUGCUCCGUAUGAAUUUUUCAAAGAGAUGUUUAAAAUAUUUAUCAUAUUCAUUGUUUCUUCUAUAAUUCAAGGGUUGUGUAUUCUUCCAGUUAUGCUGUCAUUGUGGGACAGUUUCCUCUUAUUAUUAUGUAAAAGUGAUGGGAGGCGGCGAUCUAACGAAGAGUUUUCAGAUCUUCCGAAUACGAAUGAAGAAUUGUUAAAAUAAAAAAUAAUUAUUUAGUCGUGCAUAAAAAGUGCUUGAGGAAUGAAAUAAUUAUCAUAAAUUUCCUUAAUCUGAUCGGCUUUAUUAUAAUGAAUUGUUUGAACAGAAGCAAACUUCUUAUAGAAAAAUGAAAUGAUACAUUUGAAUGCAAAUUUAAUUUAGAUCAUUUGGAAAUUUCAAAACAUCAAGAAGAAGAUUAUUCUAAGCACAGAAAAGUUUGAAAAUGUGAUCAAUGAUUCUCAGAAUACCAUAUUAUCUUCGCAUGUAAUUCAAGUUUC